AUGACGCUACUAGAAGAAUCCGCGAAGUUACGGGACAGAGCGACUGUUACCAUUGCGGCUGAUCGUGCAGGUUGUGGACACGUGGCAUCUGACAUGGCUGACGCGUCAGCUGACGUGACGAGAAAGAAUGCACAGUACGAAAGAGCUAGUAGCGGAGUUCCCCCGAUCGCAUCCGCCAAUUCUUGCGCCGUUAUCGGCGCGGUUUCCGCCUCUGGUUCUUCCGCCAGUGGGGUUUCCGCCAAUAAUGUCUCCGCCAGUAGCACUUCCACCAGCUCCGCCGCGACAACCCCCGAAUUGGUCCCGCGCACCUCCCGCCCAUCCACCCCCUGUUCCCCGCGCCCAUCCAACAUUCACCUCGAUACCCCCCAAAAACCCCCUCGCCCGAUUAGUUUAUCCAUAAGCACGACUUUUUCGGGGGAAAACACCCCAGCGGGGCCGUCGCCCCGCGUUGCUGCCGCCGCGGCUGUGGCUGCCGCUGCUGCUGAGCUGCUUUGGGAAACGCCGCCGAAGCAGACUGCCGGAACAGGUUCGGGGACAGGCUCGGCAGCCACAUUGCAACGGCAAGGCUCGGGAAAGGGCUGGGGAGUGAAUUCGCCCUCAGGAGGGGGGACUGAUGGGGGGGGGAUCAGCGGUGGUUCGGGGCUGCAGCGGCAGCCGUCAGGCUCGGCAUCAGGUUCGGACACGCCGAAGCUGAAGCAGUGGGUGGCGGCCCAUCCCCCUGCGCACGGCUUGGAUAAAUCUGGUAGGAGGCUCGGGCAUCCCUGGGGAUGGAGCGCCUGGUCGUAUCUGUGGAAGGAGGUGGUGGAGAGGGAGUGUGGAACUCAAGAGUGCUCAUCCUCCCUUCUUUCCAUGUCUGCUCCCACUACCCCAUUUCCUCACCGCUGGUCGUUGACGGCUCUGCCUUCUCUUGUCGUGGACGGUUCUGCCUUGUCGUAUCUGUGGAAGGAGGUGGUGGGGCGGGACGGGGCGGCGAGGGAGGGUGGCAAGGGCGCGGACGUGAGGCGAGAGAAGGUCUACAACACCAUGUUUAACGUGCCGUGGCGGUGUGAACUGGUGAGGGGUGUAGGGCGGUGUAAAGCGGUGAGAAUGUUUGAUCUCGUGAGGAAAGGGGAGGAGGAGGGGGGGGAGAAGAGUGCUGACGUGCGGAGAGAGAAGGUUUACAGACCCUCCCGUCUCCCAUGCAUGAUCCCGCACCAACCCUCAGCUGAUCAUCCCGUGCUCUCCUUCCCCGUCCCACACCUCCCGUGCUCUCCUUCCCCGUCCCACACCUCCCGUGCUCUCCUUCCCCGUCCCACACCUCCCGUGCUCUCCUUCCCCGUCCCACACCUCCCGUGCUCUCCUUCCCCGUCCCACACCUCCCGUGCUCUCCUUCCCCGUCCCACACCUCCCGUGCUCUCCUUCCCCGUCCCACACCUCCCGUGCUCUCCUUCCCCGUCCCACACCUCCCCCCAGCUGAUAAUGAUAGGGGCCCGCCCUCCUGAUCAUAAUGGGCUAUCUCGUGUGUCUCGACUCCUUCCUCUCACUCCUCCUCUCAUGCACGCGUUCCCACAACCUUCUUCCACACUCCCAUCCCGUCCUCUCGUUCUCCCCAUCUCCCAUCUACCCCACUCUCAACUAAUAAUCAUGGGUUACCUCGUGUGUCUUGACUCCUUCCUCUCAUGCACGUGCCCACACCUCACUCCCCUUCUCCCAUACCCCUACUCCCAUUUUCCCACACCACUCCCUCAGCUGAUCAUAAUGGGUUACCUCGUGUGUCUCGACUCCUUCCUCUCGCUCCUCGCCGUCCUCCCCAUCCGCCUCUUCCUCCUCUUGCUCCGCCUGCUCCUAGCACCGUGGAGGGGGCGGCUGCAUCUAGUUGUGGACGAUAUAGCUGACGUCGGCAAGGGCGUCAUCAUUGUGUGCGGUGUGCUGGCACUACAGCAGGCUGACGUCAGCCUCAUAUACCACUGGAUCCGCGGGCAGAACAUUCUCAAGCUCGUGGUGAUCUACAAUGUGCUCGAGGUGAUGGACAAGCUGUGCCAGAGCCUGGGGUGCGAAGUGAUGGACAAGCUAUGCCAGAGCCUGGGGUGCGACGUGCUACAGAUGACUCUCAACACCGCGGCUCGUGUGGCCGCUGCCGCUACAGCCGGGUCACCAGCAGCAGGAGCGGCAGGAACAACAGGAGCAGGAGCAGCAGCAGCAGGAGGAGGAGCAGGAGGAGCAGGAACAGCAGCAGCAGGAGGAGGAGCAGGAACAGCAGGGUCAGCAGCGCCUGCUGCUGCAUCGCUGCCAACGGAAACCCUCCGGUUCAUAAUUGAUGAAGCGAUAGCAGUGGCGUGUUUCCUGCUGCACGCACUCGUGCUGCUGACCCAGGCCGUGACACUCAACGUGGCCAUCAACUCGCACAACCACAUCCUGGUCACUCUCCUCGUCUCCAACAACUUUGCUGAGGUUAAGUCGAACGUCUUCAAGCGCUUCAGUCGGGAGAACAUUCACAAGCUCGCUUGCCUAGACACGGUGGAACGGUUUCAUCUUUCGUGUCAUCUGCUCUUCGUGGUGGUUCAGAACGUGGUCAAGGGGCAGGGCACCUCGCUCUCCUUCUUCAUCCGGAAUGUGUGCACGGUGUGGGGCUGUGAGAUGCUGGUAGACAAUCUAAAACACUCCUUUCUCGCUAAGUUCAACGAGAUCAAGCCUGAGACGUACUCCGACUUCCUCCUCUCGCUCUGCAGACAGGUCCUGGAGGACCGCUGUCACCACGUGCAUCGCAGCAUGAGCUUCGUUCCUCUUGGGCCCGCGUGCAAUGUUAUUCGAGUUGCCAGCCCGCUCAUUGCGUUGUUUAUUCCUGCCGGCCACCCUCUGCUCUCCCGAAGCAUCACCCCACUGGUUGUCAUAGAAGCCAAGAUUCAUAAGGACUGA